CCCUUCUCUCAUGACCACCAACAUACACACAACACGCCUAUUGCUGAAAUGUCAGAAUUUUUUAAAGAUCGAAUGUUCGUUUGACAGCUGGUUGAAGCAAGUAGAUAAUUUAAAAAUUUCUUGAACGAAUCAUCAAAGUGCCAACAUUUAAAGUUAUUUUCACGGUGAAAAGUGCGAUAUCCAAAAUUAGAAUAACGAAAAAUGAGAGGCAUUCUCAUAUUCGAUCAUCUCAACGAUGUUUUGUUUACAAAAUGCAACAGAAAGUUUGCCAACCACAUACAAAGUCUUGCACGAAUGCAAGGACUCUUGUGCGAGGGCAAGGAUGACAGCAACAGAGACGGAGACGAGCUGAGUCCGAAUAUAAUAAUGCAAUUGUUCUCGCCAAUCGUCACAUCUCAAAAUGUCAUGUCUUCUCAAUUUGGCAAUUCGUAUACUUCCAUGAAAUGCCACGACGGGACGAACAUGGUUUUCGAUGAUUUUAUGGGAUACACGUUCAUUUAUGUUUCCACAGAAGACGUGGAGCUUAUGCGACGAACUUUGGGAGUUUGUGUCUCAAUAGUGAGGCACAUUUGUGGUCCGGACGUUGCAAUGCUAAAAACAAGCAGACAAAAAAUUCAUCUCGUAUCAUCGUUGCUGGAUUCUUGGAGUCAUCUUCGUAGUUGCGAACAAAGUUUGCUCACAGAAGCUGUGGAACAGCUUUCGGUGAACGCUGAUCUUGCUUCCGCGAUAUUGAAAAUACUUCGCGAUGCUUCUGACAAACUAAAAACCCAAUCCGAAUUUGCCAACGUCCACGUACUCAUUCUCGUUGAACACAAAUUUUUGUCCCUCUACUCGAGCAAAAAUGCUCAAGACUUGAGUGCAGCUGAUAUUUUGCUGAUGGUCCUACUCUGCAAAGUCGCUCACAGCAAAGUUGCUGACGAUGGCACAUUGUGCCGAGACGAUGGAGAAGAGGGUGAUAUUCUUUUGCCCAGAAAUAUUCAUGUCAACAGAGACGGUCUCGACGACAAGGGAGCUUCGUUGGACAUCAAUACUAAACUGGCUAAUCCCACCUCGGAAGACAUAACGCAUUUAUUUGGGGACUCGAGAGACUCGUCAGUGAGCGAAGGUUUGUAUUCCUUCACGGACGAAGGUCUCUACAGCCAAUUAGUUUUACUGGGAUCGGAGCGUGGAUGUACCGCGAAUGCGGUUCACAUAUCCGAAUUGGCCGAGGGAAUAAAUCUCAUAACGAUAGUCGAAGUAACGAAUUUGGGAACAUCCUCGGGGCUCUACGACAGUUUUUAUCAUUUGAAUAUAAUGAACAGUCUACAGUUGCAACGUGAUAUCGACGAGAUGAGACCAGCCUUCGAGAAUUUGGAUGGCUCGAUAAAGAAAGCGAUUGAGGGUAUUAAAAAAAAUCGUGCAAACGUCAGCAACGACGUCGACAUGUGCCAACGACGUCUUCAAGUCAAAUGGGACUUUGUAAGACGAAAAUAUAUCGAUCUUUUGAAAUCACGUGAUCCCGAAUUCGUUUUACAAAUAGAAUCGAACACUUCGGGCUUCACAGAAACGAUGAGGGAACUUUUUCGUCUCACCUGCUUCGAUAAAAACUUCUUGAAAAAUGGCGUCGACGUUAUCGUUACUGUCAGUCGUUUGGUUCGCCAAAAGCUCAAUGACUUCAGUGAUUUUCUCAAGGUCAAAGCUCUCAAGAACUUCAGCCUCGGAUCGAGAACUUCCCUAACGAUCAACAAAUAUCUUGAAGAAUUUCCUGGUCUCGUACAUUUUAUAUACAUAGAUCGAACGACACACAGACUCACAGCGCCGACUUUGGACUUUACGAAUCCUGAAACUCUCGCUCUUACAACUAAAAAGAUUUGGUCGAUGGUUGAGCACAGCAGGACCCACUUGCAGGAAGGACACUUCUCAGUAAUGUGGAAAGACACCACUUUUAAUUACGCUUAUUUCCUUUGGUUCGAAGACACUUCGGGUUCCCCACUCAAAUGCAAAACGUACUUGAACCAUCAGAUGAAAAAUUUACCGGUACCGGGGAUACUUUGCGGUGAUUACUACAGAAAAUUGGCUCAAACAUGUUUUCCAAAGCUAUCACCAAACAAGAUACGAAUUUAUGAAUUGUAUUGCGUACAUUUGGGUCUUGCAACGUCUUCGUGCGUGUUGGAACACUCGAGAAGAUUGGCAGCUACGAUAUGGGAAGUGACAGGAAUUCCGAAUAAUCCGGCUGACAUACUUUGAAUUAUUUCUUACGUUUGAACUCUCGAAAUAGGCGGACGAGGGAUUCAUUUUUUAAUUCAUUUAUGCGACAGCAUUGGGCUUCGUAGAUUCGAGUCGUGGACGUUUCCAAUGAAUAAUUCAACUAAUGAGUCAAUCCAUAUUUUUUCAUCUCACAAAAAAUAGAAUAUAAAACUUUACGAGAUUGAGAUGCAUUUCAAAUGGAAAAGGAAAAAUCAAUUUUGAAGAUUUUUCCAAUGCUCCUUAGGUUUUAACAUUUGUGACGAUGUUAAAUUUUAUUUGAAGUUUGAUAAAAAGGGGAAUCUGCCAAAAAAAUUUGAACACUCACGAAUAAUGCUAGGGAGAUAAAAAAUCGUAGUUGAAAAUGUGCAAUUAUUCUAUUGAUUUUCUACUAACACAGUAUUUUAAAAACAACCUUAAGAAAUCAGUAUGAAUGUCGGAAUUAAGGGAGAUCUGUCAAAUUGGUGCGUUUAUCGUAGACGGGAUACUGUUUUUUUUGUAUAGUUUUGAUCGAUGUGUAAUGGAAGAACGAGAAAUAGUCGUUUAUUAUGGAAAUAUAUUCUUACGAAGAGAAAAA